GCCCCCCGUGACGGCCUGCAGACGGCUUCGUCGUCGUCUCGCGAGGCGCUGAUGGCAGCUCGUGCUCCCAGGCCAAAACGACGACUCCAGCACCGUUGUGCGACCCGCCGUCGAUCCGUGCGGCGCUCGGUCGAUCCCCUGCGGCGCUUACCCUCCGCGCAGGAAGAUGGCGCUUCCCCUUUCGUUCGCGCCAAAUCCCCCCAUAAAGCCGCUUCCCACCCUCCGGCGGAGGUCCGCCCCUGCCCCCUGCCCACCGGCGGCGCGACGAGCCACGCCGGCGGCAUCCCUCCUCCACCUACAACACACACCGGCGCGUCCCUUCCUCGGAUCCGAAUCGAGCCGGCGGCCCUCCUAGCGGAAGAAUCCGACGCCGCCACUCUCCCCAUCGCCGCCGCCGCGCUGCUGAUCCCCGCGGCUGCCGGCGGCCGCCUUCUCCACCAACUGCUCUGCACCUUCUCCUCCCACGGCAAGACCGUCAGGGCCACCUCGUCGUCCUCGUCCAAGCAGGGAUUUCGUUACUGGGUUCCACAAGAGGAAGAAGAAGAGAAGAAAGGAAGCACAGAAGGUUUUGCAGGAGAAGGAGAGGAAGAAGAGAAUCGAGGCGCGCAAGAGGUAUCAUUCGUGAUAUCAUUCAGAAUGAUUUGUUGCAGUUGUUUACUGUAGGAACAGCUAGUACUUAAUGCAGCAUCUAGCAAGUAACUGCAAUAACAAAGUUGUGUAAUGACAGCUAGCAGUCUAGCAUAAGCAGAUUUGGCUGCUAAAGUUAUAGAUACUAGGAAGAUAUGGUUCUUUGAAAGCUCGGUGGCCUGUGCAUAGAUGCUUCUAUUCUCCACAUUCCUAUCAAUGUCGACUGAAGAUCUGGAACCUGAAGCCCUGUCCGGUGAUGAAGCACCUGAUGAAGCCAUCGAAGAAGAUGAUGAGGGCCUAUCCGCUGAACAUGAAGAUUUUGAUCCAGCGGAGGUAUACAUGCUUGAAGAUUUCAUUGCUGAGGACGCAAGAUUAGAAGAAUUUCGGAGGAAAAUCGGCGACAAGAUUAAAGCUAAGGUUCAAGGGGAAUCAUCUGAACCACCUCGCCGUCGCCAAAGUAGGCCGAGAAGGUACAUAUCACGUAAUCACGAUGAUCUUGUUGCAAGUUAAUUCCAAGACCCGUCAUGAUUCCAAGCUGUAUAUGCAUGCCGUCGUUUAGCGAGAAUUAAUUUUAUCACGGCUAGUGUGUCACAGAUAUAUGGAUGCCCAUAGAUGCGCGUUAAUUACUGCUUCGCUAUAUAGUUACAUUCCACCAAUGUUUGCCUCUUCAGUUAAGAAAAAUUGAUGAUUUGCCACUUGGAUUUAUGUGCCCAAUAGACAUAUUUGCGCUCAUGACAGGCCAUGUACGAGAUGAUGGUCAAUUGAUAUUUGGUCUGGCUGCA